GAGGUGCGCGCGCAAUCCCCUCCAUUUUCCCGCCGCUGGCCUUGCCUUCCCUUUCCCCCAAAAUCCAAACCCUAGAGAGUGAGAGAGAUUUCGAAGCGAAGGCAGCGGAGUAGCGGAGGCGGAGGAGGAGGAGGAAUCCGUCGAGGAGGAACGCCCGAUCGGCGGAGCCCAUCCAGCACUCCACAACAAGAUGCGGGGCGGGACGCUGCAGAUCAACUGGCACGACCAGCAGCCGGUGCUCAGCCUCGACUUCCACCCCGCCUCCCGCCGCCUCGCCACCGCCGGCGCCGACCACGACAUCAAGAUCUGGGAGGUAGCAUCGGAUGGUUCGGACGACAAGCUCCCCACCGCCACCUUCAAGUACGCCCUCGUCCCCAAUAACACCGCCCACAGCUCCGCGGUCAACGUCCUCCGCUUCUCCCCUUCAGGGGAGUAUCUCGCCUCUGGUGCUGACGGUGGCGGCAUCAUCCUCUGGAAACUGCACCCCGCUGAUGACGGUGAGGCAUGGAAAAUUCACAAGACGUUGCUAUUCCAUCACAAGGAUGUUCUUGACCUCCAGUGGUCGCAUGACAGCGCAUUCCUUGUUUCUGCAUCAGUUGACAACACUUGCAUAAUUUGGGAAGCUAGUAAAGGCACGGUGCACCAAAAGAUAGAGGGUCAUCUGCAUUAUGUUCAGGGUGUGGCGUGGGAUCCUUUGGGCCAGUAUAUUGCUUCACUGAGUUCUGACAGAACCUGUAAAAUAUAUGCAAAUAAGCCUCAGGGCAAAUCCAAGAACGCGGAGAGGUUGAACUUUGUUUGCCAGCAUACACUAGUGAAAAUAGAAUAUCAGAAUCAUGAUGAAUCUAAGCCACCAAUUAAAUCUCAUUUGUUUCAUGACGAGACACUACCAUCUUUCUUCCGGAGGUUGGCAUGGUCACCUGAUGGAUCUUUUCUAGUAUUGCCAGCAGGCCUUUCCAAACACUCUUCUGAAGUGAUUAAUACCGCUUAUAUAAUGUCCAGGCGUGACCUCUCAAGGCCUGCAAUACAACUCCCUGGGGCCAGUAAAGCUAUAGUAGCAGUACGCUUCUGCCCAGUGCUAUUCAAACCACGUGGUUCUAACCCAGAUGGUCUCUUCAAGCUUCCUUAUAGAGUUGUUUUUGCUGUUGCCACUUUGAACUCUCUGUAUGUCUAUGAUACAGAAAGUGUUCCUCCAAUUCUAGUCCAUGCUGGUCUACACUAUGCUGCCAUUACUGAUAUUGCAUGGUCUUCUGAUGCUAAGUACUUGGCAGCGUCAUCACGAGAUGGCUACUGUACUAUAAUAGAGUUUGAGAAUGAGGAACUGGGAGAGCUUCACAUCCUCCCUGGAUCAAAAGAAGUUGCUAAAGGGAAUUUGACACCUGAGACCAAGAAACCUGUAUCUGCAGAUAGCAUGAAGGUUGAUAUUAGUGCCAGCACGCUUAAGAUGGAAGCCAGCCCUGUGGCUGUAGGAGUUAGAGCACCACUGCUGCCAACCGAGAACAUCACGAGAACAGGGGAGCUUGCUGAAGGAAAUGUGACCUGUGAAAACAAGAAGCCGGUAACAGUAGACAGUAUGGAAGUAGAUGUCGAUGAUAACAAAGUCAAGGAGGCAACCAUUCCCGUGGUGGCUGAAGUGACACCGCCGCCAGUACCGACCAAGAACAGCGCAUCGAGUAAGCCUGCUAAGAGGCGAAUUACUCCUAUCGCAAUCAACUAAGUAGCUGAAGCAGUUAGUGUUAUGAUGUGUUAUGUAGUGAUGACAAGUACCAGAUAUUAUGGUUAGGCUACCCUGUAAAGUCGUUUGUGCUGCCUUGUUCACCUUCUACCCUAGUCCCAUAGGUCUUCUUUCUGCUCUUAACACAAUUGGGGAGAUUUUGAACAGAAAGGCUAUGUGUAUGAGCAAACUUUGUUAUGAUGCAACAUGCAGCCACUAACCGUCUUCUUACACAGUGGUGUUCAGUGAAAUUUCUGAGGAAUUUUUUUCA